AUGGAACAAUUGCUACCAAUUGCAUUUGGUUCUCAACCUAAACAUGUGCUUAAUCCACUGACUGAAAUUAGUCAAUUUUUCAGAGAUAUUUGUGCUUCAGCUUUAAAAGUAGAUGACGUCAUUAAGUUGGAUCGAAAUAUUUCAGUCAUUCUAUGCAAGUUGGAACAAGAUGAUGAUCAGGCGGAGGAUGAGACUGCGGAGGAUGAGACUGCGGAUGAUCAGUUGGAUGGGAGUGAUCUUCGAGGGGAUGAUGAUCCGAGUCAGAUUCAUAUCAUUGAUGGGAGAUUUUUUAUUAGGCCCGAAGGAAGCUCAUUCACGCCGAGUCGGACUGCUGCCAAAGUUAUAAGUUAUAUAAUUCAGCAGAAUUAUAAAAAGCUUAUAAAGACUUUUAAAGAUGUUAAGGGCGAUGAUAGAGAUCAUUGGUUUGCGAAAUUUCAGGAAAAAUGUGUGUGGGAACCAAUGAAAGAGAGACAGAUUAAAAAAAAUUAUUAUGGCAGAACUGCAAGACGACUUUCUGACAUGCUACGACGUGUUAGAAAGCGUUGGGAACUUCAUGGCAUCCGUCCUAGUUGGAUAGGAGAAGAAAUAUUUCGGGAACUUCUUAAAUAUUGGGAGAGUGAUGAGUUUGCGGCCAAAUCUGAAAAUGAAAAGAAGAUGAGAGCAUCUGAAAAGGGUGGUUGCCUUAAUGCUGUUGGAAGUAUAAGCACUGCUGAGCAUGUUCGUCGCAUGGCUGAAUCAGAACAAAUUAGAGUUACCAUUGAGAUCGUAUGA